AUGGGAAUUUCUGGUCUUCUUCCUCUUCUUAAAUCAAUACAAGUUAUUCGAGUCAAAACACAUAUAAAACAGUAUUCUGGAAAAACAAUAGGCAUAGAUGCGUAUAUAUGGCUAUAUAAGGGCGCGUUUUCGUGUGCAUGGGACCUUGCAUUAGGGGUAUCUACAGAAAGAUACGUGGAUUAUGCGAUGCAUCGUGUUAAAAUGCUAAAACAUUAUGGCAUUAAAAUGUUUAUUGUGUUUGACGGAGGAUAUUUGCCAAGCAAGUCAGAAACAGAAAAUCAAAGGGGAAAAAAAAGGGCAGAAAGUAAAGCUAAAGGCUUAGAAUUUCUUGCACAAAACAAAAGACGAUUGGCUAUGGAGCAAUUUCAAAAAUGCAUAAAUGUGACACCAGAAAUGGCAUAUGAAUUUAUCAAGGCAUUGAAACGCGAAAAUGUUGAUUAUAUUGUUGCACCGUAUGAAGCAGAUGCUCAAUUAGCAUAUUUAGAGAAACAAGGAAUAAUUGAUGCAAUUCUUACGGAGGAUUCGGAUCUUUUGGUUUUUGGGUGUAAAUGUAUUCUUUUAAAAUUAGAUCAAUAUGGAGAAUGCAUUGAGAUUAAAAGAGAAAAAUUCCCCCAGGUCAAAGAAAUAGAUUUAUCUGGAUGGACAGAUGAAAAUUUUCGACAUAUGGCGAUUCUUUCAGGCUGUGAUUAUUUAGCGAGUAUUCGUGGUAUAGGACUAAAAACAGCACAUCGUCUAUUGAAAAAAUAUAAAACAAUUGAUCAACUUUUAAGAGCACUUAAAUUGGAAUAUACACUUAAAGUUCCGUCCGAUUAUGAGGCACAAUUUAAUUUAGCAAAUUUAACAUUUAUGCAUCAACGCGUAUAUUGCUUAGAUAAAAGAUGUAUUGUUAUGUGGAACGAGCCAGAAAUUCCUUUGGGCGAUAAUACCGACAGAAUCGUAGGUCCUGAUAUACCAUUAGAUAUUCUUCAGGGCCUGAUACGUGGUGAAAUCAAUCCAAUAACCAAGCUCCCUAUUUCAUCAACAAAUAGUGCUAAAAUAUUUAAUCAGACUAAAGAAAACAUACAGCCCACAAAUGGAUGUCAACUUUUUAUUAAGCAAGAAAAGAAUAACACUUUCAAUGAUAACAUUAUUACAUCAUUAUUUGCCUCAACACAUACAGAUAAUUCUCAAUUACAAACGCUAUCUUUUCAAAAUAAUAUGAAAAGACCAUUAAUCAAUGACACAGUCAAACAAACGACAGUGAAACGUUUAAAAGAUAGCAUUUUAUCAGAUAUAGUAUCACCCAUACUAAAAGUGGAACAAAAAAAUAGUCAUCCAACAAAGUUCAUUUCUAACGAAAACAAUUCUUCAGAAUUAAAAAGAAAAUUAAGUGCUUAUGUAUUUGAGGAAAUGAAUAAAAUAAAAGUCGAAAAAAAUAUAAAUAACUCUGAAAAAAUUAACCAAAGAAAUACUAAAACAAAUUUCAAUGAUUCUUAUUCUAAUCAUAAUAAAUUAUCAGAUAUUAAGAACUUUGAAAGUCCUAUAUUAAAUAAAUGUCCUUGGUUUAAUAAUGCUUCUUCAGAAAAAGAUAUAUAUACAAAAGCUUCAAAAAUUGACAUCUAUGAAGAUAAAGAGUCUUAUAAUAGCUUUAUUUCAAACUGGCGCCAAUCAUUUAUGCAUACUUCAAAAAAUCUUACUAAAACAGAUCUUCCUUUAUCUCAAAUAGCUACUCAAAAUACUAUUAUACUUCCUGAUAUAGAGACAAUUACUGAAUGCAAACUGUCUAAGAAUACAUCUCAUACUAGAAAGUUACCAUCUAGUUUUGAAUUAUCAACCGAUGUCGCGGAAAAAGUAGAAAAAAGAGUAUUUUAA